ACCCGGACGGUACGUUGUUCUCUCGUGGACGGUGAUUCGUUUGGUUAUAUGUGUACAUAUAUAUAAUGGUAAACGCGAUGCGCGUGUAUGCCGUAAGAAAAAGGUUCACGGAAACAUGCGGAAAUCGUGCGUGCACGGUCGCGAGGCGGUGAAGUGUGCUCGCGAUAGGGAGGGAAGCGAGAAGUGUACGCGUACACUGACUACGGUACGUGGUGUGCGCCAUGUCAUUGUACGUAAGCGAUAGUAUAGAGUGUAAUAUAUCGUAGUGGAGUGGAAGUGAAGUGGAGUGGAAAGCGAACCGGCUGCCUUGCCUGCCUAACUGUCUGCCUAACUGCGUGUGCCUGCUGCCUGGUUGUCUGCCUAUCCGCUUGCCUGCCCGUUCAUGUCCGCUUUGUGUAAUUGAUUUGUAUGCCGAACCGAUUUACACAAAUUCGGGCCAGCUUUCCGAUUGACUGACCUCCUCUCAGAGUUGUCGCAUUUGAAAGAAUGGAAGCCAUGGAUUUGGACGGAGAUGCGGUGGUGGACUUGAGUGUUAGCAGUGGUAGAAGAAAUUCACCAUCGAUCACUGUUAACUCUGGCGAUGCAGGGGUACCGUUAGAUCUAGGUCUUCAUUUCUCUUCGAGUCCUAAUCUAGAUAACAACAUGCCAGAAGCACGUAAUAUUCAAAAUGCAGCGAGGGGGAUCCUGGCCCCCAAAUCUGGAGAUGACAGGAAAACACGCCGAAAUCUUAGACCUAGAAUUGAAAUAAGUUAUGCGGAGAGUCCAGAUGAACGUAGGAUAAAUGGCUACGUGAAUGGAAAUGCAGACAGUGAUGAAGGUGAUAUGCCACCUCUGCCCCCAAUAAAGGAACUGUCGUCCGAUGAAUUAGCUGAACGUGAAAGAACACUUAGGAAAUUAUCGGAGGAACUUAGAUCUGAGGAAAUGAAGCUGGUAUUGCUGAAAAAAUUACGGCAAUCGCAACAAUUGAAAGAAAACAUUGCUGCUGUACCAAAAGUACCCAGCAAAUUACCACCACCAGUCACGGUACAACAAGCAACCCAUAGUCAUAGGAUUGUAAAAGCACCACCGCCGUUACUUAGGGGACAGCCUGCACCAAGCAGGAGCAGUAUACAUGCUCCACCACCUGGAAUGUUAUUACCACCUACAGCUGCUCGAAGUUCUUCUUCCAGUACUGGAAUACUACCUAAUAUGAUCAUACCACAACCACCACAUCCUAGGAGCAGGCCACCUAGUGCAACACCAAAUGUAUCGAAUUAUCAUGCACCUGCAGACAGAACUGAGAGGUCGACGAAAGAUCCAACCCCGACUCCAGCGCAUCAAGUAAGUAAGCUGCUUGUUGGAUCUCAAGAAAAUAAAACCACCGCAUCCUUAAGCACACCUGUGAUUUCAGAGCAGGAAAGACCAAGGGACGAUAAUCAGACGCCUGCACAACGUCAGGCGGCUGCUAAAUUGGCUUUGAGAAAGCAACUCGAAAAGACGUUGCUGCAGAUACCACCCCCAAAACCACCACCGCCGGAGAUGCACUUUGUUCCAAAUCCCUCCAAUACGGAGUUCAUAUAUUUGGUGGGUUUGGAACAUGUGGUUGACUUUAUUACUAAAGAGCCAGCUAUUCCACCACCUCCGGAACCAUUCGAGUGUACCCAAUGUAAAACGGACUUCACACCUGUGUGGAAGUGGGAGAAGCCUAUCACCGGUGGCAAGAAAGAAGGCCCAAGAGGACAGCAUGCAACUUUCCAGAGACCUCCGGCAGGUCGCGAUCCUAGAGUCAUAUGUGAACAUUGUGUAACAACUAACGUUAAGAAAGCUCUAAAAGCAGAGCACACUAAUCGGUUAAAAACAGCGUUCGUGAAGGCACUACAGCAGGAACAAGAGAUAGAACAAAGGCUGGCACAAGCUGCAUGCCCAAGUCCAGAUCCACCAGCUCCAAAACCAGUUCCUAAAGCAGCUACUCCUACGAGGAGAGUAGCUACACCACCAGCCCCUCCACCCCAAGUACCACCAGCACCUACGCUGGCACCAACGCCACCAGCACCUAAACUACAAGAACAUCCUUUGGUUAAAUUGGCUGAAAGCGGGAAGUUCAGCCCUCACCAUGCUGCUGCUGCAGCUGCUUUGCAGCAACAGUUGCUUAGAGAGUUGGCAAAGAAUCCUGUACCGGGUUUGCCGCCUCAUCAACCUCUUCCUGCUCAUAUGAUGCCACCGUUUACCUCGAUAUUGUAUCCGUACCAGCUAGCAAUGGCGCAGGCUGGCGGGAAAGGUCUCGCAGAAUUACAACGACAAGCGGCAGAUUUGCAACGCCAAUAUUUGCUUGACAUGAUUCCGUCGCAAGCAUCUCAGGCGCAGGGCAAUCAAGCUCCACCGCGAGCCCACCCGCACAAUUGGAAAACGUAACCAGACGCAUUUAAAGAUCGAACAGUAAAUGCAAAUAAAUAAAACUGCAGAGCUGUGUUAGAGAAUAUAGAGAAUCAAGACACUCUCGUAUUCUUUUUCCACGACAUCGUACUAAAAGGAUUUAAUGGUGCGCGACAGUCACACCUUCCAUACACUUAAAAUAAUGUACCAAUCGAUUGGAUUGGUAUCUUUAUUGCAAAGUGAAGCUCAAACCGGAAUAACGGACAACAGACAAUUCUUGUAAUAUUACGAAGAGGAAACCCAACCAUCAUUUGUGAAUAUGCAUUGACGUGUGAGUGUGAUGUUAUUGUUACCCGGAGGUUCAAGGUUUAAUUGCCUCUCUGA